UCAAGUAGCCCGAUCAAAAUAUAUUAAAAAUAUUUCGAAAGUAGGAAAUAUUACUGUGAUUGAACAACUCCAUUAUCUUUUAAUGCAGGAAAACGGAUGUUACCACUAAAGAACCAUGGAUACCAAAGAUAAUGUAUCUGAACAAUUACAUGAUUUGGCAAGAAAAGUGACUGAACUGGAAAAAUCAAACAAAACAAUUCUGAAGAGCUUAAAUGAAAGAGAGAGGUCCCAAAAACUUGUAGACAAGAAAUGGACGGAUUUCGGCAAAACGCUGGAAUCGAUGAAGGGAAAGAGCGACACGUCCGACAAAGAGAUCAGAUGGCUGAAAGAAAACCUACAUCGACUUAAUGGUAAGGUAGAGGAACUCAGUCAAUCCGUCAGAGGUCUAAAACACGGACAUAAGGAAGGAGCAAGAGACCAGGGGAAGGUUAUCCCACACUCCCAAAAUGGCCCUAAAAUCACAAUAAGAAAACUUCAGACCGUGAGCGAUGGGAAAAGUGUUCCAUCCACCAAAACGUCUAUGAGCAGGCCUAAAGAAAAGGAUGUAACAUUAACAAAGGAACAAGUUUCUGUGUCAGAAGAUCACAAAUCAGAACCUAGUGAAAAUAAAGAGAGAGAAAUAAGUAGAGCUCAAAAAUCUCCAAUGACAGUCAACGAGCUUGGUCUUCGUGGACGCAUGACCCCACUGGAAGAUGAUAACCGUGUGCGUUUGAUGCAAGGAAAGAGUAUUGAAAAGGGUCAAGCCUCUAAUCUAGUGACAACCCCAUCAUCGGAAGGUGUCAAAGAAAAGAGAGAAGACAGAAAGAAUCUUCCAACCAGAGACGAAAUAAAAAGGAGAACAAAGGGAAGACAAAUUCGGAAAAAUGGAGAACGGCCAAAACUAACUGUUCAACACGCGGCUGGAACUAGAAACGAAUAUAAAAACUUAGCUGGACUCAGUAAAGAUCCCGAGGCGGUGCCGGAUAUCCGGGAAAUGAGCGAAUGGAAAACGAUGGCCGAGGCCGAGAGAAAAAGGGGAUUGAGUUUAACAACCAUAGAGAGAGGAGCUGGACCAGGGACAUGUCUUUUGCUGGACAUUUCUGGCAGUAUGGAAGGGGAUAUGUUUGAAGAAAUGAUAACCACAGCAAAAACUUUCAUCAAGGGGAUUUCAGAUGUAGCGAGAGUUCUAGAAAUACCGGAGAACGUUGGAAUCGCUACAUUUGGAGAACAGACAAGAGUUGUGCAACACAUGACAAAUGACUACGAUAGAGUUUUAGAAACACUAGACUUACUGACCCCUGGAGGACCCUCCCCCAUGUCUGCUGGUCUGUACAUGGCUCUAGCUUGCUGCCUAGGUCACAUUCCUAAUACUACCGUUCAUGAGGUUCCUGUAGCCCCCCGGAUCAUUCUCAUCACGGACGGCAGAGGAACGCCUGACAUCAUAGCUUCUGGAGAAGAUGAUUUUCCAACCAACAAGGAAACAAAUCUGAUGAAAUACCUCUGGAUGAAUGAGGCAGUUGAAGAUUUGGAGAAAAGGAAGCACAGAGUUUACUGUGUAACCCUAGAAAAAACAGAGACGGAUAUGAUAGAACUUAUCUGUAAAAAGACACACGGGAAGAUAUACAAAUCAGAGGAAAUCAGCAAGUUGGUCCGCAUGACACAAAACACAGUAAGUUUAUUUUUCUAUGCACAUACAAGUGUAAAUAUACAUGAAGAAGUUGUUCAUCUGGGAAAGACGAGUGUCUGGGUAGAGUGGGACUGUGGACACAAAAACACCUACACUUAUAAUGCACUUCUGGGUUAUGACAUUUUGGUAGUAGAAGAACCCCGAGUUCUCAAGGGAGAAAUGAUCGCCGUGGGCUGUUUGGUAGAACGAGGAGAGCACUGGCGAUAUGGCGACCAAGAUGGUGGUAAAGGGAACGUAGGAGUGGUCAUUAAUGUUAAGGAGAAUGGGCUGAUCACAGUGAGAUGGCCAAACAAGGAAAAAGUCAUAUAUAAAUUUGGAUUCGACGGAUUCUUUGAGGUUAAAAUAUGUGACCCUAAAAAGGUACAUGGAAGUGUUGGUUCGUUGAAAACGCAUGUUUGGGGUUCAGGAAGUGCAUUGGGAGGAGGGACAGAGCCACCAUUAGAGGGCGCCACUGCUUCUGAUACACCAGUUUCAACCGAUUUUUCUGGUAAAAAGAUGAUAAUGGAGAAACAAGGGGAGGAAAUCAAAGACAAAGAUAUCAAUAAGACAAUGUCGGUCGAGGAGCUGAACAAAAGAAACAAUCAGAUGAGCGUGAAAAUCGAGGAGGCAUUGUCACCGACUAGAGGGAGCAAAUUAACACAUGUCUCCGAUAUUCAAUGGAGAUAUCUAAAGAAUGACUUGUGGUGUGAGUUUUCCCAGGAUAUCAAUAGGAAAAUAGAAAAGGCUUACGGUCGGAAUAAGCAGGGUUCAACUAUUCUUGAUCUUGAAGAGCAUGCAUGGAAAGUCUCCUUUUCUGAUAUGAAAAUGAAAUGUGAGAAAACAAAUACAACUAUGCAAGUUCAGCGGAAUGAAAUCAGUCAAUGAUAAAAAACGGAAAGCAGCGCAUUGUGAUAAAUAAAUUAUUAUAAUAAGUUAAUAAAGACUAAUAAUUGAGAGAUGUUGUGAUCCGUUAUACCUUAUUAGUACACGUAAUUAUUUUCCAUCAUGUUCAAAAUUCCUUUAGACAAAGUAUAAUGUGUAAAGUUUGGCAUUGUGUACUUUGGUGACAAAUAUUUUAUCAGUAUAUGUUUUACAAGAAUGGUGUUUUUUAUGAUCACAAUGAGUGUACUUUAAAGAACAAUCUACUAGUAUAUCGGCAAUUAAGGCAAACAAAAGUGCAAUUAAUAUAAGGGCUUCUUUUUUUCGGUAAAGUCUUAGAAUACAUGUUUAUGUGAUUGCAUGUAUGGUGAUAUAUUUCAGGAAAAAAACUGUAUAGCUCAGAUAAAUUGUAUUCAUUUCCUGAAAGUCUAAGUUACGCAAGAUUACUAAAUUAUUUUAUAGGGCUAAACAAUUAUUAUUUGGCCUAGAACGACAAUAUUGCUUUAUCAUCGUGGUGAUCCAAAAACCGCAAUAACUGUCCAACAUUAAGAAAUACAUUUUUACUUUUGAUGUACCGGUAUGUAUAUUCUCGAAUAACUUCCUCUUCAUGCGAAAUAUAAAUUUAAUCAAAUACAACCUAUCACAGGAUCGUAUUCUAAACAUUGUUUGGUCAAUGUUUAUAUGCUAAUGACUAGGGAACUAUUCCUUCUACCUGAUCAGUAACUGGGACUGAAAGUGGAUGUGACAGGUAGGCGGGAAUGCUUACUCCUUCUAGUCACUUGAUCCAACCUCUUUAAUUUCCAAGGGCCUUGUUUAUGCCCUGGUCACAUAUUUAUAUUGUUUAUAGGUUCAUUACAGCAUGAUUAUGCAUGAUAUGAAUUGUUAUAUUAAUUAGGGCCAAAAUUGAUAAAUAAUAUUUAAAAUAUUAAUUUUUGUUCUGAUAGCUCCAGUUACAAAAUAAAAAAAAGAAUCCACACUCCCCAUUUAUUGUGAUGUCCGUCAAGCAAUUCACCACGCAUUAUAAUUGGCAUUUUCACGUGACAAAGGUCAUGGGAAUUAGAAUUUUAAAGUUUACGUUAUUUUGUACCUACAUCAGUGUUUAAAUUGAUAUAAACUUUGUACAUAUAUAUAUAUAGUUUUUGUUUUUUUAUGAAUUAACAUGUAUAUCGUUUGUCCUGUUUCUUUAUUUUCAUAUCACGUACUUCUUUCUUUGGAUUAAUUAAUGCACUGGAAAUUAAAGUACAUG